UUUUGCGCACGCACAAUGAUCUCAUUGUACAAGGACAUCAUGUUCUUUAUCCUGAGACAUGCAUCUGAUCAUCAUGAGAUACCGAGUUGCCUUCUAGACGCCAUACAGAUUUGAAAACUUAUCUCAGCUGACAUGUCAUACACACAACUUAUUGUACAAACAAUACAGACGUAGUCUUGUGUUGUUGUGUUUUGUUUUAACCUCUCUUCUGAUUAUGACAGAGGCCAAAACAGCCUUAGGAUGUUUUAGUACAGAGGCCUCAACCCGCCCCCACACUGUCUUUAUAAUUCUGUACGUUCUAACCACGCAGGCACUCGCACAAGACCGUGAAGUAUGUUGUGUUUGGAUUUCUUUCACUUUGGUGGGUUGAUGCUCUGCAGCACGGGGCUCUGUGUGGCCCUAUUGACCUUGCAUGGACAGCAGCUGAUCCCGACCCCCAACCCCACAGUGACAGAGACCUCAUCGGCCGCCACAGUCUCUCACAUAGCACCAUGCGUUGCCGAUGAAAUUUCUGCUCUGUUGCGUGAAGCUGUCGGGAGUCACGGUGAACUUGCUAAGCGCAGUCGUACUCAGUUUGGAAUCUGCACUGUUUCCAAUGGCUCAUCAGGCUCGGUCUUGUUACAGCUGGCAAAGGAAACAAGCAGGUACCAGACACACAUAUUGGAGGCGCUGCAUCCAAUUGCAGCAGUGCUCAUACCAAACGAAGACGAGAGAGGACCGCUCAUGUUGACCUUUGACCUCCCGCAGUCUCUUUUGCUCAGGCGCAGCCCUGUGCUUCUCCUAACGUUUGAAAGCCCCCCCAACAGGGGAAACCUGGACGUCACUUUCACCAGUAAAUCACUGCAUCCUCACGAUCAGACUGCGUGCAUCUCGGGAGAAACGUGCUACAUAAUGCUGACAGGAAAAACAUCAGAGAGCAACAUUUCCCAGAAAUGGAAGAUUUCUGUUGAGACAAAAUCCCCCGAUAUGAACCAAAGGCUAAAAAGGAUUCUCACUGAUGGAAGAUCAGGAACUAACAUCAGCGUAGUUCCGCUUCUCCUUUUCUCUUUGGAAAGAGUAACCAGUACAAGAUAUCAUCAAAAUUCAUCCAUGGCCUCCUCCCAGACCUCCUUCCUAUGUGAGCUGAAGCGCUUCCUGGGUGACAUCCUGCCUCAGGACCACCAUAAGUUCACUCCCCUCAAGCUGGACUCCUUACAGUCCCUGCCCUCUCUGACACUGGGCCUGUCCUCCAGUGACACCAUGUUGGCUGGACUGAUCAACUCCUCUUCCAUCACUAUCUUCUCCUUCAGUAGCUGGGCCUCUAUGUUUCCAGUGCAUCGUGGGGAAUUGUCUCUUUCCGCCGAGCUGCUGGAGGAGCUCAGGCAAAGGUUGGAGGUGGAGGUGGUGAAGAUAACGACUGUGAUGCGGGAGGAGCAAGUGGGCCAAAGAGCCAAUGACAGGCUGGGAAGGCUCAGGGAGCUCAGUGCAUUUCCAGUGAAGGAACCGGCAGCAGGAGUGAACCAGUACCGGGCCUUUCUUCUGCUGAAGGCCCUGCAGAUGGUGAGCCAUGCCUACGCGAUGCAGAGAGGACUGCGUACCAACAGAGCCAGCUCUAACUACCAAGAGAGUGAUCCCAAAUGCAGACUCAAGAGCCUCAGCGUGAACCCAGACAAUAGUUACGACCUUCCAAACACUGUCAAAAUCAACAACUGUCACGGCACUUGUGCAUUCCCCCUGACCAACGGCACCAACCACGCCGUCUUGCUCAUGUUGCAUGUGGAGAAUGGCGACAGAGACAAUCGGAUGCCGUGCUGUGUGCCCGUGGCCUAUGAAGACUUGGCGGUGGUGAGGGUGAACGAGAAUGAGACUUACAUCUCCAUUAAACCAGAUAUGGUGGCCAAGGAGUGUGGAUGCCGCUAAAAAUUUAGUUAAAUGAUGUUUAACAUUAUACACUGAGACAGUUCAAUGUAAUUGUUACUGUCAUAUAUAUAUUCACACAGUAUUACUUCACUAGUAGUAUGUAUGUAUGUUAAUUCAGAGGUCUCUUCAGGCCUUAUACUUAAAACUAUUGUAGAGGAAAAAUGGUUUCCAUAUUCCAACAUAUAUUCAUGUUAUAAUCAUCUCGAUGUAAUAUUUUGAGUACGGAUUGAGCUAUAGAUAUAUCCAUUUAGGUAAUCAUUUUCCAGUGAGAGAGCUAAACCAAGCCGCAAUGAGAGUGAAGGCAAGACAAGUAAGAUUAAGAUAAGUAGAGAAAAGGAGAAGAGAGGUCUGCGUCUUAGGCGCACUGAGGAAUUGUAUCUGUUUCAACUUGGCUCCAUGCUUUUUAUAAAUGUCCUGUUCAAUGAUUGUACACCGGUGUCGAGUAAAAGUUUUCUAACAGAUAGACAGUCCAUCAUCAACAUGCCUGAAAGGGGGGGCUAGUAUCAGAAUCGAAAUCUAUCAGACAAUCAUUUACAAUUAAAUUAACAAUAGAAUAUAAAAAACAUACAAUAAAAAAGAAAGAUAAAAGAAUAUACUAUA